AUGAAAAAUAUACCAAUUUUGCUGCAGCAUAGUGGACAAUGGGAUGAUAACAAUAAUUUCAUAAAUUUUCAUGUUGAUGCAAUUCUACUAAAGACCUAUUGGAAAUUUGAACAACUUCUUAGAGAAAUUGCAAAGCAAUUGCAAAAGGGCAGUAACACAAUAGUUAUUCAGUAUGUUAUUGCUCAAGGAUAUCCACCAAUUACAAUUUGUAGCAAUAUGAGUGUUAGUGUUUACAUGGAAUUGAAAAAAUCAAGUGCAGGGAUGACAACACUUCCCCUGUGUGUGUCGUUUGCUAAAAAUACUAUAGCUGCAAGCACCUCCAGUUUCGAUGUUGCUCCAAUUUCAUUAGAAAUUGCACAAUUUGAAAGCAUUGAUAUGAUUAGUACAUUUGAUGUGCAAGAAGGAGAUAACACCAGUUUAGAACUUGAUGUUGCAAAUAUCAUAACUGAUCAAUUUCAUCAAAAAGUUGAAAACAAACAAAUUUACAAAGACAAGAACAUGCUGGCUCUCGUUAUGAAACAGUUUACAGGACAAAUUCUACCCCUCGCAUAUGCAGUUGUUGAUUCAGAAAAUGAUGCAUCGUGGGAGUGGUUCUUCGUGCAGUUCAGAGAAACCUAUGGACAAAGAGAGGGAAUGUGCAUUGUAUCAGACAUACAUGAUGGUAUAUGGAAAGCAACUUCAAUUGUCUAUCCAAAAGUCCCUCAUUUUGCAUGUAUGUUCCAUUUGUGGAACAACAUAAAGACAAACUUCAGGAAGAGCCUAAAACAAAUCAAAGAAGUAUACUUUGCGUUAGCAAGAGCAUACACUGUUGAAGAAUUCAACAGGCAUAUGGCAGAGUUAGAAGCUAUUAAUAGUAGAGUGAAAACAUACCUGAUGGAUAUUGGAUAUGAUAAAUGGUCUCGGGCGCAUUCCAAGGCAAAUAGAACCAUGACCAUGACAUCGAAUAUUGCGGAAUCAAAUUACACCAAUCGGAAGGAUGCAGUGGAAUCAUUGAAGAUUGGUGCAAAGUAUGAAAAAAUAUUGGCAGAUAAUACUAUCUUAUCACAGACGAUGACGGUGUUGCCAUCAACUGAAUUCUUACAUUUAGUAAUUGAUGGCCAAACAAGAAAUGUGGUGCGCCUACAUGAAAAGAACUGCACUUGUGGAAGGUUUCAGCUAGACGAUAUUCCAUGUCCACAUGCAAUGGCAGUUAUACAAAAAUUCCAUAUGGAUUCAUACAAGUAUUGCUCGGAUUACUACAACAUAGACUACUUGCUGAAAACAUAUGAGAUAUCAGUAAAUCCUUUGCCUGAUGAAACAACGUGGAAAAUUUCAUAA